CUGAUCAUCGACGAAGGCGUUCCUCCAUUCAUGAGGUCACUGGAAAGUGUUUCAGAUCACUCCAACCGAAUGGUGAGCGCCGAUUUCUUGCGAUUGAAUGGAAGUCGGCAGCAGUUCAGGAAUUUGUUAUCGGCACGAAAAAAACUCGGCACUAUGCCGCCAGCAUAUACCAGGAUCGAUAUUAGUCGAGAAUCGAUCGACUCAAAUGGUACGUUUUUGAGAGAGUGUUGUUCGAGUGGUUUUGCAAUUGCUUGUAUGAAGGCAAUAGAAAUUCAACGGAAACCCUGCUUCGACCCCGUUGAAAUCUAUGGAAUCUUUGUUGCCGAUGGAGGCUGCUUCCUGUUGGUAGCUGAUCGUGAAUAUCGGAUUUGUUUUGGCACCACUCAGCGCUUCCAAGCUCCUACAAUCAAGGUACAAGAUACUGGUUCUCAACUGAAAAUUUCAACGAAUAAAUCCUCGAGUGUUUCGUUGGCUAUUGAUUCUCAAAAAUCGUCGGUUGAUAAGGAGACGAUAACGUAUUCGAAUAAUGCAAACCACGUAUCAUUUGAGCGCUUGAAUAGGAAUAACAGUCGUUAUGGAGUUCCUAUCGAUAGUGCGGCUGCGAAAUUAGUUUAUCGAAUUCGUUCGGAACGGCUCAAAGACCGAGUAGCGAUCAAUGAUCGUUGUUUGAUAUUUGCAAUGAUUGGUAUAUUAGUGAUGGCGAUUGAUAGUGAAAUCACAGCUCAACUCCUAUUCGCCGAGCGUUCCUCACCUAGGGCGUUGCUUUCCAAAGAAAGCGAUACGGGUACGCAGGCGGGUGAAUUGGACAAGAGUCAUCCGAUUUCAUUGAUGCUACGAACACUCGUUGCGUUCUCGACGCUCCUACUCGUUUCUCAAAUUGUGCGCUAUCAUAUGAAUGAAAUAAAGCUGGAAUUAGUGGAUUGUGGAGCUGAUGACUGGCGAGUUGUGAUGUCGCUGGAUAGGAUAACACAAUUCGCAUCUGAAAUUAUCAUUUGCUCUGUGUGUCCGUUGCCCGGUAGUGGUCAUCUGAAUUGGACAAUUAUGGAAUCGACCAGGAUUUAUCGGGUCAACAGAACUGCAGAAGUACCUUUGGACGUGGUCUUGUCCUUAUUGAUGCUUGGUCGAGUCUAUCUGGUUGGUCGCUUCAUGGUACUUCACAGUAAACAAUUCCAGGAUGCAUCAACGCGGACGUUAGCUGCGUUGAAUCGAAUUCAAGUCAACUUCUCAUUCGUCAUGAAAACUGUUCUUGAUCAGGAACCAAUUAGAUUCCUAACUGCAUUUACUCUCAUCUUUUGGAUGAUAACUGCAUGGACCUUUGUACAGUGUGAAAGGUUUGGAAGAGACGAAAGUCCCUCACUUGUGUAUUCAAAUGCGCUUUGGUUUGUCGCGAUAACGUUUAUGUUGAACGGUUAUGGCGACAUUGUACCUCAAACGCAAUGCGGACGGAUUAUUGCGAUUUUCGUUGGCGUUGUUGUAAAUAUCCCUUUGAUGCAUUUUAAGCGUAUGGAAUUCGUUAGCUUCCGGCAUAUCAAGAGUAAAAUUCGUGCAUUCAAUGAGAUUAGUUCCACAUCUCUUGAUCAAGUGAGCAGAUUACGAGUCCUAGUGUUACAUGUGUUAACUCUGCGUGGAAUUUUGGUUGCUCGCGAUGAAUACAUUGAAGUAUUCAUUCAGUUGCAAAAUAUAGACGAUAGGUAUACACUUCAGCUGGUGACCGAAAUGCACUCAUCGAUGCAACGACUGGUGUCUGCACAAGAGGAAAUGCGUGCUCAGAUUGAAGUGUUGCAGCGCGCAAUGCGAAACCAUUUCACUCAUCAGAAUCAGUUCGUUAUGCUUUCAGAAUUACUUUUUAAGCUUAAAAGCUUCAUGCAGAAAGUGGAAGAGCUGAUACAAAUAUUGAUUCUAAGAAAUUUCUGUUUGCCAGUAACCAAACGAAUGUCUCGAUCUAGGUGUACGUGUUAG